AUGGAAAUUAAUAUGGGAUCAAGUUAUACGCCCCCGAUAGCUGAGAACCCACCAAACAUUGGCCAACCAUCAAAUCAACCCAAUCCUGCACAACCUUCAGGUCCACAAAUCCAACCAACCCAAACAUCUAUCCCAUCAUAUGCUUACCCUAAAAAUGCCCAUCCCCAAGAAACUCAUAUACCCCACACUAUACCUAUCCCAAACCAACCGAUCCACCACCAACCACAAAUCACUAAUCCUAGGCUUGAUAGAAACCCAGCCAUAUCACCAUUCCAUUUCCAUAAGACCUUAGAAGAAUCUCAACCCAAUUACUCAGAGGAGCACUUCCAAUUUAGAGAAAAAUUGCAAAUAUUGGAAGAAAGAUUGAGAGCUAUCGAGGGGAGCAGUUAUGGCAUUGGGGAAGCUGCGGAUCUUUGCUUGGUCCCAGAUGUGAUAGUUCCUCCAAAAUUGAAAGUGUCUGAUUUUGAUAAGUACAAAGGAAUUACAUGCCCAAAGAGUCAUUUGAUCAUGUAUUAUAGGAAGAUGGCAUCACAUGCUCAUGAUGAUAAGCUACUAAUUCACUUUUUUCAAGACAGUUUGAUUGGAGGAGCUUUGAGUUGGUAUAUGCAUCUUGAGCGUACUCGUAUUCGCAGUUGGAAGGACUUGGCUAAUGCUUUCCUAAAGCAAUAUAAGUACAACAUUAAUAUGGCUCUUAAUAGAUUACAACUACAGAAUAUGUUAAAAAAGGAGGAUGAGACUUUUAAAGAAUACGCCCAGAGAUGGAGAGAAGUUGUAGCUCAAGUGGAGCCCCCUUUGUCUGAAAAAGAAAUGGUGGCUAUGUUUAUUGAUACUCUCCAAUCACCUUUCUAUGAUAAGAUGAUUGGAAGUGUUUCAUCAAACUUCUCUAAUAUUGUGAUUAUCGGAGAAAGAGUGGAAGGAAGAAUAAGGAGUGGUAAGAUAUUUCACAAUUCUGGCGGACCCUCCAAUUUGAAGAAAUUUACAAAUGGUCCACGAAGAAAAAAGGAGGGAGAGACUAAUGUUAUAACUUUUCACCCAAGAGAAGUUCCUUUCAUCAGACCUAAUCCUAAUCCAAGUCCCCAAUCUUAUCAGCCACGACCCUACCAACCCGCUCCGCCUACUUUUCCCAUAGCACCACCCAUGAGACCACCCCAACAUUGGAACCAAAACCCAAAUCUCAACCAAAUAAGACCCCAAAACAAUCAAGAAAGGAAGCAAGUUCAAUGUGACCCAAUCCCUAUGUCUUACACUGAGUUAAUACCUCACUUAUUCCAAAGUUCAUUAGUUGUACCAUGUCCAAUGAAACCUGUAGAACUGCCCUAUCCAAGAGGGUAUAACCCAAAUGCUAAGUGCGAGUAUCACGUUGGUAGCAUUGGUCAUUCGACAGAGAAUUGUAGGGCAUUAAAGUUCAAAGUGCAAGACUUAAUUAAUGCCAAAUGGCUGAAUUUCAAGGAGGAUAAUCCUAACAUUAGGAGUAAUCCCCUACUCAAGCAUGGAAGACCAUCAGUAAAUGCCAUCAGGGAAGAGUCUGCCCAUGUUUUAAAGAGGAAAGUUGAAGACGUUACCACUCCUCUUAAGGUUAUUUUUGUUGAGUUGUGCAAAGCUGACUUGAUCAAGGGUUUUGUACAUGAAGAAAAUAUGUGUCAUUUGCACCCUAAUGCAUACCACUCCAUUGAGGAUUGUGAAGAAUUCAAGCAUGUUCUACAAACCCUAAUGGAGAAGCAUUUGGUCCAAAUCGAGCACCCGAAAGAGAAAAAUGAAGUUUUGACUGUUGAUGAACAAUCACUAACCUUCCCGAAACCUUUGGUCAUUCAUUACACCAAGUGUGUGGAUACCCCAACUACCCAUGGAACUAGACCCAUCACUAUACAAGUACCGGCUUCGUUCCCUUACAAGGACAACAAAGCAGUACCAUGGAAGUAUGAUGUAAGGGUUUAUGUCGACAAUUUUAAGGAAAACCAAACACAAGGUGUCAAUUCUAAUACUCUCGUUGUCUUAAACAUUGCUGGUGUUGGUGGGAUGACCCGCAGUGGUCGUAUUUAUACACCUGAGGAGCUGAGAAAAGAGCGAACAAAAGAGAUAGAAAGAUCCUUAAAGGGGAAAGCCAAAUUGGGCGAGUUUGAAGAUGCUAACAAAGAGAAAAUACCUGAUAUAAAAAAGACAGUGUCUGAUGAAGAAGCUUGUGAGUUUUUAAAAUUUAUUCGGCAAAGUGAAUAUGAAGUUGUGGAACAGUUAAACAGAACUCCAACAGGGAUAUCUCUUUUAUCGCUGUUGUUGAAAUCUGAGCCACAUAGGAGGACUCUUUUGAAAGUGUUGAAUGAGGCUCAUGUCAGCCAUGAUAUCACUACCGACAAGUUUGGAGGCAUUAUUGGUAAUAUUGUUUCAAACAAUUAUCUCACUUUCGCUAAUGAUGAAGUACCUGCCGAAGGAAUGGGGCACAAUAAAGCACUGCAUAUUUCUGUGAAAUGUCAAGAUCACAUUAUUGCUAGAGUGUUUAUUGACAAUGGGUCUUCUUUGAACGUGAUGCCAAAAGCAACAUUGUCAAAAUUACCUUGUGAUGGGUUGCAUAUGAAACCCAGUGCCAUAAUAAUAAGAGCUUUUGAUGGAACAAGGAGAGAGGUUCAUUCUGUUGGAGUUGUACCAUCCACAUUAUAUCAGAAACUGAAGUUUAUCAUUGAUAAUAAGUUGGUGAUUGUUUCUGGUGAAGAAGAUGUGUUAGUGAAUAAGCCUUCAUCCACUCCUUACAUUGAAGCUGCUGAAGAAGCUCUAGAUACUUCUUUUCAAGCUUUAAAGAUUACGAAUGCUACAUAUGUUGGAGAGGGAGCCCUAAUUGUAAAGCCUCAAUUGUCUAAUACAUCCAUAAUGACAACUAAAGUCAUGCUCGAGGAGGUUAUCAAUAUGGAUUUGGGGUUUAGGUUAGGGUACAUACCCACUAAGGCUGAUAAGAAGAGAGUCAUAGUGGAGAAGAAAGAAAGAAGAUUAGUCAGGUUGGAGGGUAGAGAGCCUAAGACUGAAGGGGUCCCCAUUUGUGAUCUUCUGAAGAGCUUCUAUAGUGCUGGAUUUGAGUUUCAAGACUCAGUGGCUGCUGCUGAUGUGGAUAUACCUGAAGAAGAGGUUGUGGACCUAGUUCGCACUUGUCCGCCGAACAUAGAAGUUGGCAAUUGGGAGAUCAUCGAGUUACCUGUGAUUUUUAAUGCUUAUUCAAAAUCCGAAAGUGACAUGUCUGAAAGUAAUAGUGCUAAUACUUCAUCCACUAAUUUUAAUUGUCCCAUUAAUCAAGCUAUCGAGGAUGAUAGUGAUGUUGAUUUAUCCUCAGAAUUUCUAAGAUUGGUCGAUCAAGAAGUGAAAGAGAUCCAACCUCAUGAUGAACCUACUGAGACAAUUAACUUAGGGACUGAAAAUGAUAAGAGAGAAAUCAAAAUAGGCAUCCUCAUGAAAAAACAAGAAUGCGACAAGUUGAUUAAACUCUUGCAUGAUUAUAGUGAUGUCUUUGCAUGGUCUUAUCAAGAUAUGUCAGGCCUAGAUGUUGAUAUAGUCGAGCAUAAAUUGCCGCUGAAGCCAGAGUGUUUCCCAAUUAAGCAGAAAUUAAGGAGAAUGAAACCUGAGAUGUCAUUAAAGAUUAGGGAGGAGGUCAAGAAGCAAUUUGAUACAGUUCCCAAGAAAGAUGGAAAAGUUCAGAUGUGUGUUGACUAUCGGGAUCUAAAUAGAGCCAGCCCUAAAGAAGAUUUUCCAUUGCCUCAUAUUGAUAUGCUAGUAGAUAAUACAGCUCAACAUUCAUUUUUCUCUUUUAUGGAUGGUUACUCGAGUUAUAAUCAGAUCAAAAUAGCUAAAGAGGAUAUGGAGAAGACCACAUUCAUUACACCUUGGGGCACCUUUUGCUACAAGGUUAUGCCUUUUGGUUCGAAAAAUGCCGAGGCAACAUAUCAAAAGGCGAUGAUGACCUUAUUUCAUGAUAUGAUACAUAAGGAGGUUGAAGUCUAUAUGGAUGAUAUGAUUGCCAAAUCAAUGACUGAAGAAGACCAUGUUGUAAAUUUACAUAAAUUGUUUGAGCGAUUGAGGAAAUUCAAAUUGCGGUUAAACCCUGCCAAAUUUACCUUUGGGGUGAAAUCAGGCAAGCUGUUGGGGUUCAUAGUCAGUUAA